AUGUUACUCGUGUCGACGAUAUUCGGGGCGCUUGUUAUCGGUGUGGCAAGUGAUUUAAGAACCUGCGACAGUUGCAGUAAAAUAAAUAAUUGCCCGCAAGCAUUAGAACUCGUAACUAACAACCGAAGCCCGGAAACUGCCAACAAGAUCAGAAAAGCAUAUUGCGGGACCGAUGGAGUAAUUAAGGUUUGUUGCACAGAUUUUCUUAUUACUUCACGAAAUCUACCUGAAAAUAGUAAUGAAGAGAAUAAAGAAGAUGAAAUAGAAAAUCAUCCCAAUCUGCAUCUUUUAUCGAAUGAAUGCGGCGAUAUUGAAGGAAAUCGAAUAAUUGGUGGAGUAGCACCCACACUCUAUGAAUUCCCAUGGCUUGCCCUGAUUUCACAUAGAGUUGGCAGAUCAUUAAAAUUCAACUGCGGCGGUACAGUAAUAAGCUCAAUGUACGUGCUCACAGCAGCACAUUGCAUAAAAGGUCACGAAAUUGCUGGUGUAAGAAUUGGAGAUUAUGAUAUCAGCAAGAAAAUCGAUUGUUAUGGAGUAGGAGUAUACCGCGAAUGUGAAUCUAAAUAUCAGGAUAUCGCCGUAAUCCGUGCGAUCGCACAUCCAGAUUAUGUUCGAAUUCCAGUUGUAUUAAAUGAUAUCGGCCUGUUACGUCUCAAGAAGCCUGUCGACUUCAAGCCCAGGAAUGCUGCUGCAGUUUGUUUACCGGUGUUUCAAAAUCUUCGGGAAAUGGAUAUAACCGGUGAAAGAGGUACUGUAGCAGGCUGGGGCGUAACAGAAAGUCAAUCACGAUCAAACAUUUUACUGAAAGUUUCAGUACCCAUAUAUUCUCACGACACGUGCAAGGCUUAUUAUGAAAGGAAUCGUAAACCUGGUAGUAAACCGAGUAACCGUUUGUUAAAAACGUUCUGUGCUGGGGAACUCGGCCGAGACUCUUGCAGCGGCGACUCAGGCGGCCCGCUUAUGCUUGAGAGUCCCUACAACGAAACUUACAAGAUGGUACAAUUCGGUAUCGUGUCAUACGGACCAUCCCAAUGCGGAGCUAACACGCCAGGAGUCUACACGGAUCUCAGAAAGUUUAUGAAGUGGAUAUUAGACACCCUUGAACCA